UCUCCAAAACCAUUAAGCAGCUGUCAAAGGUAUCCAACAAAGCGCAAAGGCCACAGAAACAGAGACCAUGACUCAGGUUACCCAGUCUUUUUCACGCAAGAGCAUGUCCAGCUCCAGUUCUCGUCCCUUCACCUCGCUCUCGCUCAGCGGGGGAUACUCCAAGCGCAUCGCCGUCGGUCAUGCGCCAAGUGUCUACGCAGGUGCAGGGGGCUCCAGCGUGCGCAUCUCUUACUCACAGAAAGGCGGUUUCGACAUGGCCAGCGCGCUCGGCGGCGGUGACAAUGGCUUCGGUGUGUCUUCCAACGAAAAGGCCACCAUGCAGAAUCUCAACGACCGUCUGGCGACCUACCUGGAGAAGGUGCGCUCCCUGGAGAAAGCCAACGCGCAACUGGAGCGCCAGAUCCGGGAGUGGUACGAUAAGAGAACCCCUGUCUCCAGAGACUACAGCCACUAUUACGUCACCAUUGAAGAUCUGCGCAAAAAAAUCAUUGUUGCCAGCCAGGACAAUGCCAGAAUCAUCCUUCAGAUCGACAAUGCCAAACUGGCAGCCGAGGACUUCAGAGUCAAGUACGAGAACGAGUUAGCCAUGCGUCAGUCAGUGGAGGCCGACAUCGCUGGUCUAAGGAAGGUUCUGGACAACCUCACUAUGGCUCGCUCAGACCUUGAGAUGCAGAUUGAGGGUCUGAAGGAGGAGCUAGUCUACCUGAAGAAGAACCAUGCAGAGGAACUCGCAGCUCUUCGUGCUCAAAUGUCCUCCAGCAACGUAAACGUAGAGGUUGACGCUGCACCUCAGCAAGACAUGGCCCGCAUCAUGGAGGAGAUCCGACAGCAAUAUGAAGGCGUCAUCGACAAGAACCGCAGAGACAUGGAGUCCUGGUACAAGGGCAAAUUUGACGAUCUGAACAAGCAGCUAUCCACCAAACAAGAAGACAUUACAAUGUCCCGCAGUGAAAUCAACGAGCUCAGGAGGACACUUCAGAGCCUGGAGAUCGAACUACAGUCGCAGCUCAGCAUGAAAGCGGCACUGGAAGGCACACUGGGAGAGACAGAGUCACGGUACAGCGUCCAGCUCAGCCAAUUGCAGGCCUUCAUUAACAAUCUGGAGUUGGAGCUUUCUCAGGUGCGCAUGGACAUCGAUAGACAGGGCAACGAAUACAAACUGCUCCUGGACAUCAAGACCAGACUAGAGAUGGAGAUCGCAGAGUACAGGAGACUUCUGGAUGGAGAGGACAUUCAGAGACAGACAAUCAAAGUUGUAGAGGUUGUAGCAGCUCCUCCUCCCCCCAAGCCUGAACCUGUGGUGACCAAGCGUGUUCGCACAGUAAUCGAAGAAGUGGUUGAUGGAAAGGUCGUUUCUCGCACAGAGGAUGUUGAUGUCGAGGUCGUGAAGAAGUAAAAAUGACAGCAAUGAGCUCUGUAAAGCCGGCAUGAAUUUUCAGCCUCAAUACAGCUGAUUAAAUUAACCCUGUUCAACAUCUCAUGUAAAAUGCUAAGAAAAAUAAAAAAAGGCAAAGUGAGAAAUUAAA